AUGAACGACCCUAACCAGAUCCAGGGCAUUGCUGGGUCGGGUUCUGCGGGACAACUUUCGGCUACUCCUCAACAAGCUCUUUAUAAUCAACAAAUGUUUAUUCCUCAACAAUACAUACAGAUGCCAACAAUUUAUGGAGGCCAACAUAUGUUCCAACAACAUCAGAUGGAUAUGCAAGCAUUUCAACAACAGCAACUUCUUCAAGCAAUGCAACAUCAACAGCAACAGUCCGUUCAAGAUUCAUCACAGGUGCUUUCGCGACAUAAUCCACAGGCUGCAAUUCUUCAGCAGCAAGCAGCUUUGCAGCAGCAACAGCAGUAUCAACAAGCGCUUCAGCAAGCAGCGGUACAGCAACAGCAUCAGCAGCGUCAAUUAGAGCAGCAAAGGUUGAUGGAACAGCAGCAACGACAGCUGGAUAGAAUGCACCAGGAGCGUGAAGCAGCCAGAAUUCAGCAAAAGCACGAUGAAGUAUAA